GGGCAAGCGCAUCUCGCGGUUGUCUAGACAGCGCGCCAGUGGUAUCGACAGCGUCAGAGGUAGAAGCGUGAGUGCCGAAGUGGACGUGGAGGUCGACAUUGAUGGACGAGAUAGCCCUAUUAGCGCUGAGGUAUCGAGGAUCGAUGGCAAACUGUUAGGGAAGAAGCGCUCCAGGACAUCAUCGCCCCGCCCUACUAAGCAGCGCGAAGGACCAAACGUCGUCAUCUCGCGCCAAUGGUUCCAGUGAGGUAGGCAAAGGUGGAUCAGCAGGUGCUCACAAACGCGAGAUUCAUGCUCUGCAGCGGUUACGCGAGGAGGCCGAGAAGCCACAAGUCAACUAUUACUUUUCGUCAGCCAAUUCCACAAAGAUGUCGCGCGACGAGCGCAAGCUGCAGGCACUGAUGGGUGCAUUCGAGAAGCUCGAGAAGAAGAAUCAGCCCAGGCAAAAGCGCCGGUUGUCAGGCGAGCUUCCCAAUACCAGGCAGCCGCGGAUUCGCAAAGAUGGAGGUGGCUCUUCGAUGUCACCAACCAAGGCCGAUGCACGCCAGAGCAAGAUGUCAAAUGCAGCCACUGGCGGAGAUUACGAGGUCGAUGGAGUGCUUGUCCGCAACGGUGCGACAACCAGCUCAAAGACAUCCCCCAAGCAACGAGGCACCCGGCCGCAGAAGAAGCGUAUUAUUGACGACGAUGACGAGGAGGAGUGGCCUGUCAGCGAUGGCACUGAUGAUGUCACUGGCUCACGAAUGCAGAAACGCCAGAACCGACAUACAGAACGUAACCUACCGCCUGUUGCCAAGCGUCCUAGGCACACUGCUGAGCAUACCAGUGGUAGCACCAGCGUAGUGAGCACUGUCGAGGCCACAAGUGGCAGCGUGAUUGUUACAACGGUCGAUGGUACUGUCCAGGAGCGGAGAUCCAUCACCCCAAGCAACUUGUUUGAGCCCACACAUUCGACAACCAGCUCGCCCACGGUGGAGAUCAAGCGUGAGCCGCUUUCUGCAUCAUCGACCCACCAGCAACCGCUGUCUGCUGGAAACAGGGAGUCAGCAAUUAGAAGCCCGUCCCGUGGUAACAGCAAUGUGCGCAAGGAGCAUCGCUCAAAGCACGGCCACACCGAGGGCGGACGGACUAUUGUCGAAGAUGCAGACCCGCAGAGCUCUUCUCCGAUGACACCGUCGAAAAUCGCAGCUCAGGCCAUCAGGUACCUUCCGUUGUACACGAUUCAGCUGCCAUCAGAAAAGUCGGUGCCCAUGCUUGAUUACUAUGUCGUCGAUCUGCAGAUUCGCCUACUGCUUGGAAUGCCCAUCUACACACCAUCCUCUACCAAGGCCAAGACCAAGGUUGGGGCAGACGGUAAGCGACCCUCCGAGUGCAAUCCGCUGUUUGUCGCAUACCCACACCUGCACCGGCAACAGAUCAACGGGCCGCUGUCGGGGAAGCCCACCACUGAUGGCUCUUCGAAGGACCCUGCUGAUAGCGAGAUCGUCAGCCAGUUCACGUUGCACGAGAAGAAGCGCUUUAUUGCCUUGAGCCUGUCCUUUGUCAGACUGGACGAGGUCGUCGAAAUCAUCAAGCGUGACUAUCCGCAAGUGAGCAAGCAUCUUAUCACCCUCACCCUCGACAUUGACAGCCUGGCGUCCGGUACCGACAGCUCUGUCGACACUCCUGCAACUGGUGACGAUUUGGCAAGCGCGCCGCCUGCAGGAGUAAAGCUGAGGCGCAUGGCCAGCCUGGCUCAGGAAUCAAAACCCAAAGAGUCUUGCCCAGUGUGGAAUGGCCCACAGAAGAUGCUGCCGCUCAAGUACGCGAUGAAGCUGCACUAUCGAAACUACACCGCGUUUGUAGAUGGCAAGAGGGCUUGAAGUGUGAUAGUGGCCAUUUGCCAUUCCCCAACUCGACUCUUGUUUAUUGUAAAUGUUACUAGAA